GUGAUAGCUUUCGAGUCUGUAAACGCACGUGGAGAUUAUGAAUUUACAAAAAGGAGACAAGCUCAAAUCGACCUACACAUACAAAUAAAGCUAUACUGUAAAAAACUUGAUAAUUCGCGACAAUACGUGGGUGCCUCACGACAUGUGGACCUCGCUGAUGUCAACACGUCACGUAAUACAGGUGUGUUACGGGAGUGAACAAUACGUGUUGAAUAAACUUGUGUCUUAUUGCCUACAAUACUCGCGUGCGCGUAGUACCUUCAGUAAAUGUGACGAUAGGUAUACAUGUCUGCCGAGAAUAUAUCUAAGACUUGAUGAUACAAAGUGUAACCAUAACAUACAUGCUGAACGGUUUAUUUGAGUAAUAUGAACCCUCCAGUUAGUCUUUAUAUAUAAAGGUUGAAACGAUCGCGCGUUGUAAUAUACACUUGAUUAACACAUAUUUGUAAAGAUUCCGCCUUACCCUGGCACUGGUGUGUGGGGAACGUUACAGCGAUCACGUACCAGAGAAGGAAGUGUUUUACUAACCCUCACCCUGUGAUUGGGCCGGGGCAGGAGCGGUUUCCUAAUGUCUCCAGGGCUACAUGACUGUUACUAUUGAGCGGUAUACGUUAUUGGAGGAGUUCGAAAUUCGUGUUUUAUAAACCGAUAUGGACAGAUACAUUAAGAUUACAAAAAUAGAUUGACAUCAAUCUUAUAUGUAUACAAACAAUGUACAGAUUUUUAAGUGAGUCAGUCGUUGUGAAUAAUAGGAUAUUACCGAUUACUGACGUUUAGGAUUGUUCUACAACUAAACUAGAGACAGAAUGAGGUGUGAGGGGGGUAAGAUGUACGGGCUGCUGAUCGAGGCGAUCGUGCACUACAUCAAGGAGAACUUCGGCGAGCCCACGUGGCUGGAUGUCCGCCGCAUAGCUAACAUCCAGCAAGUUUCCUUCGCAACGCACGAGCGCUAUAGCGAGAACCUCGUGCCAAACAUCGCCAAGGCGCUGUCCGACAUCACCGGUGUCGCGUACAAUGAUCUCAUGGACUCGUUCGGUGUUUGCUUUGUGUCCUUUGUCGGCCAGUACGGUUACGACAGAAUUCUGAAAGUACUUGGAAGACACAUGACCGAUUUCCUCAAUGGAUUGGACAAUCUACAUGAAUACUUACGGUUCAGUUAUCCCAAACUCAGGCCACCGUCCUUUUUUGUUGAAGAGGAAACCGUGUCCGGAUUAACGCUUCAUUAUCGCAGCAAACGUAAGGGGUACGUUCAUUAUGUGAAGGGUCAAAUUAGACAGGUUGGCGCGUUGUUUUAUAACACGAAAAUAAAAAUUGACGUGAUCAGCGAGGAGGAGACGGAGCAUAUGACGCACGUGAUUAUGAAGUUAUAUUUUGACAAUACAGCGUACAAGGAAAUCCAGGAAAAACGAAAUGAAUACUCAGAAACUCUUCCGUUAAGCUCAGAUGUGUUUUUCGAGCUGUUUCCGUUCCAUAUUGUGUUUAACGAGGAACUAGAGGUUCAAGGCGCGGGUAACGGGCUAAUGGCUGUCUUCCCGGAUAUGGUGGGUCGCAAGGUGACAGAGGUGUUCACAGUUGUACUGCCCCUCGUUCCCUUCUCCUGGUUUAGCAUCUUGGCGCACACCAACAAUGCGUUCGAACUGCUGUCUGUAAAGACCGCCAGUCGCUUUCAGGAGGACCACAAAGUCAGGAAAGACGAUGACUGGGAGAUGGAGAAGGAUAUGGAGGAGGGCGGGCUUGAAGCGCCGGAUGGGUACGCCAUACACCUCAAGGGUCAGAUGAUGUACAUGCAGGACUGGGAUGCCAUCAUCUUUCUGGGAACGCCGAUAAUGGAGAGCCUAGACAUCAUGUUCAAGACGGGCCUAUACAUCAACGACCUGAGCAUGCACGACUCGAGCCGAGACUUGGUGCUAGCCGGAACACAACAAUCCGCAGAACUCAAGCUCGCUCUCGACCAGGAGCAGAAAAAGAGCAAGAUCCUGCAGGAGAGCAUGCAGAAGCUGGACGCGGAGAUGAAGCGAACAGACUCGCUUCUCUACCAGAUGAUCCCAAAACAGGUGGCCGACCGCCUCCGCAGCGGGGAACCAGCAAUUACAACGUGCGAGGUGUUCGAGAAUGUGACGAUCCUUUUUAGUGACGUGGUGGGCUUCACGCGCAUCUGCAGCCAGAUCUCGCCCAUGGAGGUCGUCUCCAUGCUGAACGCCAUGUACACCAAGUUCGACCAGCUCAGCGAGCAGCACAACGUCUACAAGGUGGAGACUAUCGGUGACGCCUACAUGGUGGUUUCCGGCGCCCCGGACAAGACACGUUACCACGCUCUCCAUAUAUGCGACAUGUCCCUCGACAUGCUAGACGCCAUGGCCGAGCUCCGCGACCCCUCUACCAACGGCAACAUGAAGAUACGCGUCGGUGUACACUCCGGGAACACGGUGGCGGGAGUGGUGGGGAUCAAGAUGCCGCGCUACUGCCUGUUCGGCGACACCGUGAACACCGCCUCGCGCAUGGAGACGAACGGCGAGGCGAACAAGAUCCACAUCAGCGAGACGACGCGUCGUGAGCUGCUGGACUUCCCGUACAUUCUGGAGGAGCGGGGGACCAUCCCCGUCAAGGGCAAAGGGUCGAUGAAGACGUACUGGCUGCUGAGCCGGGAACCGGUGGAAAACCCCAACACGCGCUGUCCGUUCGGCUCCAUUCUGCUUGAGGAGCUCUCUAAGGUCAACAGGAGUAACGAAAACGACGUGUUCAGCGUACAGAGGCGCAACGUGCACGAGUCUACCGAAUUCGGUGAGCUACGGUCAUUAUACUCCCCCGUGUCCUUCGAAGAUGUGAAACGAUCAAAGUCGGGUAACUCGACGCCAAUGGAAUCACCGGCAAAGAGGUUAAAUCAGAGCAAUGUCAGUCAGUUCAAUCAUGACCAUACAGCCACAGUGAACAACCACUCCAAUUUUGUCCCGCAAAUAAAAGAGCCGGCCUCUAUAGUGAGAAUCACGAACAAGAUUCAGCGUGUCGGUGAUGACUCCAACAAAACGCAUUUCAUAAGCAGCCCACUCAGUGCGUCCAGCCGGACAUGUUGUAUACUGUGAAUGAGCAUUAAUGUGAAACAAACAUGGCAUAGUCUUGGUACAAUCAUGAGGUAGUGAAACGUUCCUAGCGGUCAUGGUCAGUCAAGGUGACUUUGUAUUUUGUGUCCAAUGGUACUUACUAAACGUUCGAAUAUAAAAUUUUCCAAACACGAUUCAUGUUAGUUUGACUGUCCAUGAGACGAUUAUGUAAAAAGUCACUUUACUAGGCCUUCAGUCAUGGUGAAUAGUUUCAACGUUGAAGCAGCUGUAGGAAAAGUUUUAUCAAAAGUUACUGAAGCCGUAGAAGAAGAAUACGUAAGAGGUAAUUGACCACUAGGAAUCCUUCCAAAUAAGACUUAUGAUUUCCAAGGAAGGCAUUUUCAAGAUUCUGGACACCUCUUAUUAAACUAAUUUCCAAUCGACAAUGAUCAAUAUCAAAUGUACAUAUAUUUUGUUUACACAAGUUAGUGUACAACGUACAACAACAAAGUAUUGAAAAUACAUUUUGAACGUAGCAUGUUAACAAACGAAAUAUAUUUGUUAAAGAAAUGUUGUCAUAAAUAGUGUAUGUAUUUAAAGCCACGUAAUACAUUAUGAAAUUUC